AUGGGUCGCAACGACGGAAACGAACGGGUGGUCAAACCCAAGAAAGAAAGAAAGCCGAAGGUUCCCAAGGAACAACGCGUUCGCAAGGUUAAACUACCUAAAGACAAAGAUCCUCAUCGCACCGACAAACCCCUUGUCCCGUUGAUGAACCGAUCUGUCCACGCGAAAUGGGGCGCACUUUUCCGCAAACACUUGGGGGUUCUUGAGGCGCAUUGUAAGGCGUUGGAUAGGGUUCAGCAGGCUAUGAAGAGUGAGUUGACUACUUUGGGAGAGGAGGAGAAGAAGGAGUGGGAGUUAAAUGAGGAUGGACCGUGGAGAAUUCUUUGUGGCUUGUUGGAUAGGAGUAGAGAUACACUUGUUAGUGGGAGGUCCAUGGCAAGGUUUAUUCUGCCACCACGUUUGAUCAAAGAUAGAAAAGGUUUGGGAGUUCUUGGCAUAAGAUAUGAACCUCUUGUACCACAACUCGAUGCUCGUUUAGCCGCGGAGAAGAACGUUUCUACCAAAAAGGAUGAGAGUAGCGAUAGCGAUAGCUCCAGCUCAGAUUCCGACUCCGACUCCGACUCCGACUCCGAUUCCGACUCGUCAGAAGAUGCAGGAUAUAAAGAUGAAGAUGUCGAAAUGGAAGAUGCACCAGCUUCAGAAGUCGAAAAAACCACUGCGCCAGUCGAGGUAGAAUCUAAUCAAUAUUUUGUUGUCGAUACCAUGCCUACUCCCGUAGCCGAAUUGAAUAAGAAAGAUAAGAAGAAGUCUGAAGAGGUGACAAAGAAGAGUAAGAAGGAGAAGAAGGAAAAGAAGAGUGAGACGGAGAAGAAAAUUGAGGAAGAAGAAGUUAAUUUCCAAGCUAUGGAGGCACAAUUACAAGCAGAAGUUGAAGCUGGAAUGAAGGCACAGGAGGCCAAGGCCCAGAGUGCAGAGGAUAAGAAGGAGAAGAGGAAGAGGAAGAGAGAGAGUACAGGAGAGGAGAGUGAGGAAAAGAAAGUUAAGAAGGAGAAGAAAGAGAAAAAAGCUGCAAAGGUUGACGAGGAGGAGGUGAAGGAGGAUGAAGAGGUAGAGGUUGAGGUUGAGGUUGGGGCUAAAAAGGAAAAGAAGGCAAAGAAAGAUAAAAAGAGGAAGGCAGAUGACGUUCCUGUAGAGGACGAGGUGAUUGAUGGAAAGAGAAAGAGAAAAUCGAAAUGA